GGUGCGGCUUGCUUCUGACAGUCUUGCGCUCCAGGGACGCCGGCCGUGCGCUACCUUACAGCUAGCAGCGGCGUCAGGAAGAUCCGCAAAUACCGCAUUAACAGUAAAUCCCAAGGAAUACCAAGAGCUAGCCCAGCACCGGCAAUGCUGCCGUCCCCGUGGAGUGAAUGCAUAGGCAUGUCCCUCCUGCAUUAGAAAGCCCCAGCUGUCUUUCCACCUCUGUGUGUCUGCGAUCGGGCUCAAAAUAAGAGACCUGUAAGAAGGCAUCGCACUCCAUGCCCCGGCCGUCCCUAGAGCAGGUGCUCCCUGUUCGCAGGUUUUGCAAUUGCUCGGCUCAGUAUUAAUGAGGCGGCCGCAGACUGAGUUUGACAUGGCUCUGUCCGGGACCGUCCUCCCACCUAUAAACACGUUCGCCACCAGCUCGAACGCGAAGAGUGUGGAAACACCGACGGGACAGCACGCGGCGUAUAAUAGAUGGAGGGGAGAGAUGACUAAUCUGAGGCGAUCCAUGGAGAGCGACUGCCAGAACCUGGGGUAUAGAAGGGAGGACGAGGAGUUAAGCGAGCUGUUAGACCUAGACUUUAUUUUAUCGAACACGAUGAAUUCAGAAACGAUGGGAAACACUGCCAAUAAUUUCAACUGCCCCAUGACUAACACAGCGGGGAAUGCCGCGGACUUGUAUCAAAGAGAGUCUUACAGCAUUACGGAUAUCGGCGAGGGUCCGCCGAGUGGUGGGAGUCUUGUGGCCGAGUUGCUGAGACCGGACCUGGACCCCAGUUACUGCCACCCCAGGAGCCUGCAUGGCAAAUUCGUACUGAGGACAGCGGCGGAGGCGGGGGAUUACAGCCAGGCGGUGCACAUUGCCAAGCCCACUCCGCCCAUCGACGCGCACCUGAACCACCUUCAGCAGGUAUGCCAGAAAGUCAAACAGGAGCCGCUCAGCGUCAGUGCCACAUGUGCAAUGGGGAGAGAGCUGGACGGGCAUGUCGCUGCAUCUCAAGUGCCUGGACCCAGUCACAGGCAAGCCUGCCAACCGAGGCAGAAUCAGGACGGGUUUAGCAGCAGGGUGACCUCGUCCUUGGCUUCAGAGGACAUUCUCAGCAGGCCGUGCAACUCAUCUCAGCUCCUGGCGCCCCAGAGAGCCGCCAACAUCCCUCUGCAGCAGACCUUCAGCCCGGCGGGCAGUUACGCUCACUUCCAGGAUCAAACCGCGCUCCCGUAUCAAGAGCUCUUACCCUCGGGGUACCCACCUCGAGAAGAAAAGCCAAAGAGAGGCCGCCGUUCCUGGCCCAGGAAGAGGGUGGCCACUCACACGUGUGACUAUGCCGGCUGUGGGAAGACAUACACCAAAAGCUCCCACCUGAAAGCUCACCUUCGGACACACACAGGGGAGAAACCCUAUCACUGUGACUGGGAAGGCUGUGGCUGGAAGUUCGCUCGUUCUGAUGAACUGACGAGACACUAUAGAAAACAUACGGGACAUCGUCCUUUCCAGUGUCACAAAUGCGACCGAGCAUUUUCCAGAUCCGAUCACUUGGCUUUACAUAUGAAAAGACACUUGUAGUUAAACAACAACAUGGCAUGGAACAACUCUAGGGCUUCUACUUGUAAAUAUACUCACUGCCUUUCACUCUGCACCCUUGGGCGCGUGCAAAGGAACUAAUAUACCCAAGUGUCCUGGUGAAUAAUAUUGGCCUGAAGUGGAAUCUAUCUGCUGAGGUAGCCGAUGCAAAGCGUCAAGGUUCGUUCCAAAGAGCCCCGAGUGGCCCGUGAUCCACUGAAAUCAUUGGAGAACAUGAAACAGGGUAAAUAUAAACUUUGCUAUUCCAUGUGCCUUACAACGACUCCAAGCAGAUCACAGUUCGUCCAAAAGCUCAAUUCCUUUGUACAAAGGGAGAGUCCAGGUACAGAAGGCUUGCUCUAUAUAUAAACCAAGAAACUUGACGAGACGGUGCUCACAGACUGGCAGCCAGAUUUUGCGAAGUGGAAAACUAUGCAAUAAAUUCUGUCACUGGAUACGAAGAAGUGCAAGUUCAGGUUUACGGUAUUGUCAAAGGUCAGGUAACAAUUUCUCCCUCAUAUCGCUGAAUAUCACUCCGUGGUUUCUGUGCAAUAAUGAUUAUUAAUUUUAUAAUAUUCUAUACUUUGAAGCAGAACAGAUUUCAUUUCUAUAUUUUACUCAACAUAUUUUAUCUAAUGUACAUUUUAUGUGACAAUUUUGUACAUUUGUAAAUAAGGAGUAAACAUUUUCAUCAUUUUGGAUAUUGCAUAUAAUGUUUUUUGGAAAAGGAAAAUGUAAUAAACUUAAAAUUUCUGUAUCUGUA